GGAAAGUAACAGCUCAUACAGAAACAAAACCGACGGAGCUGGCGACGCCAAUCUGUGAAACUCUACUCAUAUUGACUUCUUUUUAGAUUUCCUCUACAUUAUUCUUACUCGAAGAGUUAAGCGAAAAGAUGGGAGUGCCCAAAUUUUACCGAUGGAUAUCAGAACGGUAUCCGUGUCUGAGUGAAGUGGUCAAAGAGCAUCAGAUCCCAGAGUUUGACAACCUUUAUUUAGAUAUGAACGGUAUCAUCCAUCAAUGUUCCCACCCUAAUGAUGAGGAUGUUCACUUCCGUAUUUCUGAGGAGAAGAUAUUUGCGGACAUUUUUCACUACCUGGAAGUGCUCUUUCGCAUUAUUAAGCCCAGGAAAGUGUUCUUCAUGGCGGUCGAUGGAGUUGCCCCCAGGGCCAAGAUGAACCAGCAGCGUGGACGAAGAUUCAGGUCAGCAAAAGAGGCAGAGGAGAAAAUUAAAAAGGCUUUGGAGAAGGGUGAAGUUUUACCCACAGAGGCCCGAUUUGAUUCUAACUGCAUCACUCCUGGAACGGAUUUUAUGGCCAGGUUACAGGAGCAGCUUAAAUAUUUUGUUCACAAUAAACUGUCUACAGAUAAAUCAUGGCAAGGAGUGAAUGUCUAUUUGUCUGGUCAUGAGACACCUGGUGAAGGAGAGCACAAAAUCAUGGAGUUCAUUCGUUCUGAGAGUGCCAAACCCAGUCAUAAUCCAAACACGAGGCACUGCCUGUACGGUCUGGACGCUGACCUGAUUAUGCUUGGCUUGACCAGCCACGAGCCUAACUUUUCUCUCCUCAGAGAGGAGGUGCGCUUCGGAGGCAAGAAGUCACAAAAGAGGAUAACAGCCCCCGAGGAGACCACCUUUCACCUGCUCCAUCUCUCCCUUAUGAGGGAAUACAUUGAUUAUGAGUUCUCAGAGCUUAGGAAAAAGAUCACUUUUGAGUAUGACUUGGAGCGGAUCAUAGACGAUUGGGUCCUAAUGGGUUUCCUGGUGGGAAAUGACUUCAUCCCUCAUCUUCCUCACCUGCACAUUAACCAUGAUGCUCUGCCAUUGCUCUACCGAACUUAUAUCAACGUGCUGCCCUCCCUAGGCGGCUACCUGAAUGAAAAUGGUCACCUCAACCUCGGCCGUUUUGAGAAGUAUAUGGAGAAGCUCUCAGACUUCGACCGAGAGCACUUCAGUGAAGUGUUUGUGGAUCUGAAGUGGUUUGAGAGUAAGGUGGGGAACAAAUACCUGAACGAGGCAGCUGGACUAGCGGCUGAGGAGGCUGAUGCCAAAGUUUUAAAGAGCAAAUCUUCAGAUGAUUCCCUGUGUCUUGCUGCUCUUGAUGGAGUUAAGGUCACACACACUUCUGGAAAAGAAGGCACAGAAGAGGACGGUGAGGAUGACGACAUGUUUGAAACAGAGUUUCGCCAGUAUAAGCGCACUUACUACAUGACCAAGAUAGGCGUUGAAGUCGUCUCAGAUGAGUUUUUAGCCAAUCAGGCUAAAUGUUAUGUGGAAGGUAUCCAAUGGAUCCUCCAUUAUUACUACCAUGGAGUUCAGUCAUGGAGCUGGUAUUAUCCGUACCACUAUGCCCCAUUCCUCUCUGACGUGAGAAACAUCUCUAGCCUCAAGUUGACCUUUGACCUGGCCAAACCCUUCAUGCCUUUUGAGCAGCUUUUGGGCGUCCUGCCUGCAGCUAGCAAAGAUCUACUUCCACAGUGUUACCAGCACCUCAUGACAUCAUUGAGCUCAACCAUCAUUGAGUAUUACCCACAAGACUUCAAAACGGACCUGAACGGCAAGCAGCAGGAGUGGGAGGCCGUAGUGCUCAUCCCAUUUAUCGAUGAGAAAUGCUUGUUAGCAGCGAUGGAGCCUUGCAUGCUUAAACUGACCCCGUCGGAGAAGGCAAGGAACAGACAUACUGAAUGUGCUGUGUACUGCUUUGAUAAAGAACUGGACUAUACCUACGACUCUCCUCUCCCCCAAAUGUUACCCAAUAUCAUCCACUGCCGUGUCAGGCAAACGCCAAUCCCUCUGGAUGCAUGGCAUGUGUCUGUGGAGCACGUGGGCUGCAGAAUUGACAGGGGAGCUCUUUAUUUCUGUGGCUUCCCCACCUUACAGCACAUCCGCCAUAAAUUUUAUAAGAAGAAAAGUGGGGUGGUGGUGUUUCAGCAAAGCAGCAGAGGAGAAAACACGAUACUGGAAAUUUUGCCAGGCCAGCAGGUGGAGCAAGUAGACGAUGUUGCAACUUUGGUUCUGGGAAAGUCUUUGUUUGUGAACUGGCCUCAUCUGAUGGAAGCUCGAGUUGUAGCGGUUUCAGAUGGAGAAACAAAGUUUGCUUUAGAAGAACAGCCAGGAUCACAGUUGCUGUAUAUGGAUGACAUUCCACCCCCUACUAAAGUGACCCAUCUGACCGAUAAAGAGCAGAAAGAUUGGAUUAAAGAAGUACAAGGCCUGUCCGAAUACUUUAGCAAGCGUAAGGGCAUUGUGAUAGGUGACACAGAUGUGGUGAUAUAUGCCCAACUCCUGAUCGGCAGAAAGUAUGUCAUUGGUCAAAAUGGAAAGGUCCAUUUGGAGAAGCAGUUUGCCAAACAGGUCCUGCCCUUUCCACACCAGACCAUAGUAAAGGAUAUCAAAGCCUUUGACUCCUCAUUGGCACGCUUUAAGACAUUAGAGGAGCUGUUUCCUCCAGGAACAUCAGUCUUCAUGGUUGGAAACCCGUAUUAUGGUGCAAUGGGGGAUGUGCAAGAUUCUAGUGAUGUCAUCAAUGAGGGACGAGUCAGAGUGGUUUUCUCUGUACCGUGUGAACCUCAGCUUGAUGCCUUAAUACAGAACCAGCAUAAAUACUCUGUGAAGUAUAGUCCUGGGUAUGUUCUCGCCUCCCGACUUGGAAUCACAAGCUACCUCGUCUCAAGGUUCUCCGGUAGCAUCUUUAUCGGAAGAGGAUCCAAGAAAAAUCCUCAUGGAGAGCAGAAAGUUAAUGCGGGCCUUAAUCUCAAAUUCAACAAGAAGAAUGAGGAAGUUCCAGGUUACACCAAAAGAACAGAGAAAGAGUGGCUUUACUCUGCUGCUGUAGAAGAACUUAUAGCUGAAUACCUAGAAAGAUUUUCAGAGGUGUUUGACCUUGUAGCGAGAAACAGUCAUGAUGACGUCUUUUAUGAGGAUGACAUCUGGCCAGGAGAAGAUGAGAAUGGGUCUGAGAAGAUCCAGGAGAUCCAAGCCUGGUUAAAAGCUCACCCAGUAAGCUCUUCAUCUCGAACAUCAUGUGACCUGCAGAUCCUGGACGCUGGCAUUGUGGAGAAAAUUGAGGAGGAACUGGAGAAAACAAAGGUCAAGAAGAUGAACAAGAAAGUGAGAGUGACAGUCAAGCCCCACCUGCUCUUCAGGCCUCUGGAGCAGCAACACGGUGUCGUUCCUGAUCCUGAUGCAGAAUAUCAACUAUUUGAUCGCGUGGUCAACGUGAGAGAGAGUUUCUCCGUUCCUCUUGGGCUUCGAGGGACUAUCACUGGUAUCAAAGGAGCUGAACGAGAGACUGAAGUUCUGUACGAGGUGCUGUUUGAUGAGGAUUUCGCUGGUGGACUCACUAUCAGGUGCUCUACUGGGCGUGGCUAUCGCUUGCCCCCCAGUGCCUUAAUAAACCUGAGCCAUGGGAGCAGGAAGGAGCACAAACUCACUGCCAUUGUCAAACCCCAGCCCUCCUCAUCCCAUCCCACCCACAAAAGCCACCUGGGCGGCCUUAACCACUCGCCACGUUCACCGUUUAUCCCUACACAGCAGCAGAAUGGCCGACAAGGUCUCAAUCUCAGGGCUGACACUCAGGGCAACAGAAGCUCGCCUCAUAAAGCCCUCAACCAGAAAAACCAACACAAGGGCUCUGGCAAUGAGAAGGAGUUCAGUAAUGUAUGGCAGUCUCUGCAGGGUACAGGAAUGCCCCAGAACCCACCGGCUCACUGGCAAAACAAUGCUGGGAAAAGCAGUGGCUUAUUAUCACAACAACGACAACCAGAGGGACAUAAACCGGACCAAUACAUUGACCCAUUCAACAAACCUGGCGCAGGUGGAAAUAUUAGACUUCUAAAAAGAAAUGAAGAUCUGAAUUCUACUCACUUACAAGGUCCUUCAAAUAAGGUAUCCACUGAAUUUGAGGAGCUUAUAGCCAAUCUGAAGAUUUCAAAGGACCCUGAGCCAGCUCAGCACUAUCCGCAUCAAGAGCCCAAGAGCCAAUCAGGAGAGCCUCUGUCUCCUCAGUCCUUUGCUAUGAAGGGAACACUGAUGUUGAAAGAAAUGUUGAAGAUCGACAGCUCUGGAACAAGUUCUUCUGCCCCUGAGUCUACUUUGCUUUCUGAAGGCCAGAAUUCAUCAAACCCUAACGUCCAACAGCUAAACAAGAGACGGUCCAGCAAAAAGCUAGCUGCUUGUAUAAACACACCUCAGACCGAAACCCCACCUCCUCCUCCUCUAGCUGGCCAGCCCCCUAAUAUGCCCAGCAUGGCUGCUGAGCUCGGCCGGGUAUGCAUGGGGCUCGGCAUGGGACCUCCAGAGUUCGCCUUUCUCCGGCACAGACAGAAUCUGAUGGUGUGUCAAGUGAAUCUGUCUAAUGGUCUACUGGUCCAUGGUCCUCAGUGUCAGUCUGAAACUGAAGCCAAAGAGAAGGCAGCUCUCUUUGCCCUCCAACGCUUGAACUCGUUGGGUUCAUUCCCACUUCCACCUCCCAUAUUCCCUGGAGUACAGCAGAUGAGGCCUCUUGCACCUCAUCCCUCUAUCUUCGGCCAGCCACCAGGUGGUCUUUUGAUGCCCCCACAAGGGUAUGGACCCCUCCACUGGGGUAUGCAACUGCCCCACCAGGGGAACCCAUUCUUUGGGGGUACUUUCCCUGGCGCACGGGUCCCUCCACCCUCAGCAGCGAGCGGAUCCCACAACCAGUUUGUUCCCCUCCAGGUGACUAAGAAACGGGUUUCAGGGCGAACCAAGUACCAAGAUGCAAAGCAGUUUUCCUCUUUCCAGGCCCAGAGCAGUGGACCUUCCCAACCAGCUUCUUCUUCCCCUUCAGCUUCCAAAACUCCCCCGCCCGGUACUGACAAGCCUACAGAGAAGCCCAUCGCCACCACACCCAAAACACCCAGGCAAAGUGCCAACCCUCACACGCCUGGCUCUGCGUCCAAGCGGAAACACAGGAAGCUGGCAGUCAACUUUGAGGCUGCUAAAGUGACGGACUGAAAUGACUGUGACUGACUAACUGUUUUACUAUGCUGCCCAUCACUCUUUAGCUCUCUUAAUGAUUAUAGUUAGGAGAACAAAGAGUGCCAUGUCAAAACAUACUUGAUUUAAUCAUGCUUGGUGAGACAAAAUGUAUUUCAUCUCGGGCUCUGAGACAGUUCGGUAUUUCUUUUAGUUGCCGUGUUUGGAGGUAAGAGUGCGAAACACUUUUACUGGUAUUAAUUGAUGCAGCAAAUUGAUCAGAAUAUUUGAUCAUGGAAAAGGUUUUACAUUAACCUCUGCUCUUUUGUUUUGACCCCAUGUUAAAUCCUUAAGCUUUUAUUACAUUUACUGGUUUCUUUGAAUGCUGGAUUUUAAUAUUCAUAGUGCAAUAAUCAUUUUUGUAGUAGUGGAACAUUAUGCACACACAAUUUGGCACAAACCGCUGCACUACAACGUUUGUACUUGUACAUCUGUAUUUUUUUUAUAUAACACAGUGGUGAAGUCCAGCAUGGAAGGACAGAUUAUCUUAUCUUACUACGAUGUGUUUAAACUAUCGGUCUGAACCCUUGGAUCCAGUUUUAGAGGCUGUUCUAUUUAUCAGAAGAUUCUGAAACUGCUGAAAAUUCCACAGACUUAAACUAGGUGAAGGAAACCAGCCCAUUUUGUUUAUUAGGUCAGAAACAACAUGAUUUACGUAAAAUUGAAUGUCUGUGAGCUAUUGUAUGUUCAAGAUUUAAUGUGAUUAAUGUGGGGGAUGCAAAUUUAAACAUAACUGCCUUUCCAAUGAGAUGAGGUCUUUUCAAAUGGGUUUCGAACAUUUCAAACUAGUUUUUAUUUUUGAAUUAGGCUUUUUUAUCUUUUUUCUAGGGGAGAUGUUUAAGUUCUAGAAUUUUUAAAUGAAUUAUGUGUAUUUAGAUCUAUGGAUUUUAUAUGCAAAAUUUUACAAGUGGGUAAAUAGCAGUUAGUUAAUAUUUCUCUUUGGAACUAUGUUGGCACCUUUUUUGUUUUUUUUUCAUCUCUUCAUAUUUGUAUCCCAAAAAAAUCUCUUUUGUCCGAGUUUUAAAAUGUUGAAAGUAUGCAAGUAAACACUUUUAUUUUUAAAAAUAUUGGUUUGUUUAUUUAAUGAAUUAAAAAUCUAAAUAACCAACAAAUUGACACCUGAUUGGUUGGUGAGUGGUAAAUAGACAUUUGUUAUAAUAAACUUUUU